GCCAUUUUGAGGGUUUAAAUCUUUUAACACAAGCUGUAAGCAGCCAGCAUAUUUCGUGGUCUGCAGUCACACUCUUUUUGAGUCACAGGAAGUAGGAGGACAGCACAUCCAAAAUGAGUUUCCAUGAAGAAAGAGAGGAUGAAGACAUUAUGUCUGAAGCGAGUUCUUCAAGUUAUGAAUCCAUACACAAUUUGCCCUCUACACUCAGUGACGCAUGUAUCAGCAGGAGGAAGAGAUUGAGAUCAGAAUCUCCACCCAGCUGUGUGUCUGUGAAGAGUGACAGAUCCAUGAACAUUAGUCCCCCUGAAUUCAGUGAUGGACCAGUGACCUCUGACCCUUUCAGGGGAGAAAUGCAUGAGCAGAUCAGAUCUGACCCGGUCCUGCAGAAACACACACUGGACACAGGAGACCUGCAGAGAGUCAAAGAGCAGCACAAAACCAGCAUGAAGAACAAGUAUGAGAGAUUAUGUGAGGGACUGAAACUCCAGGAGAAUGAAAGCCUCCUGAACAGCAUAUACACACAGCUCUACAUCAUAGAGGGAGAGAGAGAAGGAGUGAAUGAAGAACAUGAGGUUUUACAGAUGGAGAAAACAGCCAGAACACAACACUCACAAGACGCUCCAAUCUACUGCAAUGACAUCUUUAAAGAGAAGGAGAAGCAGAUCAAGACUGUUCUUACUAAAGGCAUCGCUGGAAUCGGAAAAACCGUCUCUGUGCAGAAGUUCAUUCUGGACUGGGCCGAGGGAAAAGCCAAUCAGGAUGUAGAUUUCAUGUUUGUGCUUCCAUUUCGAGAGCUGAACUUGAUCCGAGAUCAUCCGUACAGUCUUCACAGACUUCUGCUGGACUUUCAUCCUGAACUUCAAGAUCUGGACUCACAGAUUUAUGAGGAGUGUAAAGUUGUGUUCAUCUUUGAUGGUCUGGAUGAAAGCAGAAUCACACUGAUGUUUUCAGACGCUCAGAAAGUUUGUGAUGUGACUGAGACUUCAUCAGUGGCUGUGUUGAUGUCAAAGCUGAUGAAAGGAGAGCUGCUUCCCUCUGCUCUCAUCUGGAUCACCUCCAGACCAGCAGCAGCCAAUCAGAUCCCCUCCAAAUACAUCCACCGUCUGACAGAAAUUCAGGGAUUCACUGAGCCUCAGAAGGAGGAAUAUUUCAGGAAGAGAAUCAGUGAUGAGCAUCAAGCCAGCAGAAUCAUCUCACACAUCAGAAGAGCAAGAAGCCUCCACAUCAUGUGCCACAUCCCCGUCUUCUGCUGGAUCUCAUCCACUGUGCUUCAGAAGCUCCUGGAAGAAGAUCUGAGAGCAGAAAUCCCUCAAACUCUGACUGAAAUGUACAUCCACUUCCUGCUGAUUCAGAUCAACAUGAGGAAGCAGAAGUAUGAAGAGAGAGAUCCAGAGAAACUCCUGCCGUCCAACAGAGAAGUGAUUGUGAAACUUGCUGAAGUGGCUUUCAAACAGCUGAUGAAGGGCAAUGUGAUGUUCUAUGAGGAGGACCUGAUUGAGAGCGGCAUAGAUGUAUCAGACGCCUCAGUGUAUUCUGGGAUUUGCACUGAGAUCUUUAAGCAGGAAUCUGUGAUUCAUCAGAGGAAAGUCUACAGCUUCAUCCAUCUGAGUGUUCAGGAGUUUCUCGCUGCUUUCUAUGCUUUUUACCAUUAUGUAAUUAAACAUAUUGAUACAUUGCAUUUUUGCGAUGUGAUACAUAAUCUGCAUAGAGAUGCAGUAGACAAAGCCCUUGAGAGUAAGAAUGGAGGUCUGGAUCUGUUCCUGCGGUUCCUGCUGGGUGUCUCACUGGAGUCCAAUCAGAGACUCUUACAGGAUCUACUGACACACACAGAGAACAGCUCAGAGAGCAUCAGGAGAACCACACAGUACAUCACAGAGAAGAUCAAAGAUGGACAUGGACUCUCCACUGAAAGAUCCAUCAAUCUGUUCCUCUGUUUGCUUGAAGUGAAAGUUCAAACUCUAUCCAGAGAGAUUCAGGAGUUUGUGAAUUCAGACAAACGAUCAGAGAAGAAACUCUCUCCUGCUCACUGCACAACAAUCUCCUACAUGCUUCAGAUGUCAGAGGAGCCACUGGAUGAGCUGGACCUCAUGAAAUACAACACAUCAGAUGAGGGGAGAAGAAGACUGAUACCAGCUGUGAUCAACUGCAGAAAAGCACUUCUUGCUGGCUGUAAUCUCAGUGCUCAGUCCUGUGAAAUUGUGUCAUCAGCUCUACAAUCCUCAAACUCUGUACUGAGAGAACUGGAUCUGAGUAACAAUGACCUGCAGGAUUCAGGAGUGAAGCUGCUCUCUUAUGGACUGAAGAGUCCAAACUGUCAACUGCAGAUACUGCGGUUGUCUGGCUGUAUGGUGACAGAGGAAGGUUGUGGUUAUUUGUCUUUAGCUCUGAGUUCAAACCCCUCACACCUGAGAGAGCUGGAUCUGAGCUACAAUCACCCAGGAGAUUCAGGAGUCCAGCUGCUUAAACACCAUCUGGAGGAUCCAAACUAUAAACUGGAGAAACUCAAUUUGGAUCAUGGAGAACCUUUCAGAAUCACACCUGGACUGAAAAAAUAUGCGUGUGAUCUCACACUGGAUCCAAACACAGCAAACUAUCAUCUCAUCCUGUCUGAGGACAACAGAAAGAUUACACGUGUGAAAGAGCCACAAUCGUAUCCUGAUCAUCCAGACAGAUUUAAGCACCAUGAGCAGGUCCUCUGUAAAGAGCGUCUGACUGGACGCUGUUACUGGGAGGCUAAAUGGGACAAGGGAGGGGUUGAUAUAGCAGUGACCUAUAAAGAAAUCAUAAAUAGAGGAGGCAGUUGUAAUCGUUGGUUUGGAAACAGUGAUAAAUCCUGGAAUCUGUACUGCUCUGCUAAUGAAUUUACUAUCUGGCGCAAUAAUAAGAGCAGUAAUAUAUCAGUCCCUUCAUACUCUAAGAGAGUAGGAGUGUAUGUGGAUGUUUCAUCCGGUACUCUGUCAUUCUACAGCGUCUCUGAAACACACACACUCACACACUUACACACAUUCAACACCACAUUCACUGAACCCCUCUAUGCUGGAUUUAGGGUUUAUGAAUCCUCACUGACUCUGUGUCAGUUUAAACAGCCUCCAGUUAGAAACAACUGACACAUGAUUUUGCUUAAGUCACACAAUCAAAUAUUAGUUAUUUCCACAAAUGUGUUAAAUACAGGUGGAAACAAUCUAAAUCAUUAUGAGAUUGGGUUGAAACUACAUUCAAGGCAUUUAUAAAAAACAUGUAACCACGAUGCAUUUGUAGUGUAACUGCUGUCCAUCCUGAUUGUGUCCUGGACUGAAGAUACACAAUAUGUUCAUUUACAUUUUCAAUUUUUGAGUUU